AUGGAAAACCUGGACCCGAGGCUCAGGAAUGCCCCCUAUUUUCGUUGUGAGAAGGGAGACAGUUCUGUCCCCGUGUGCCAAAAGUGCGAAACAUGUGUCUUGGCUUGGAAGAUCUUCUCUACCAAAGAGUGGUUCCGGAGGGUGGGAGAGGUGCCCCAGAGGAGGUUUCUAGUGAGCAUCCUGGAGCAGCUGGAUAGCUUCUAUUUGCUGCACUAUUUUCAGAAUAUCCUUCAGACCACACAGGGGAAGGAUUUCAUCUACAGCCGGUCCCGGAUCAACCUCAGCAGGAAGGAGGGGAAAAUCGUCAGGUCUUCCUUGAACCAGAUGUUGGAUAAAACCGUAGAACAGAAGAUGAGGGAGAUUCUGUACUGGUUUGGGAGAAGCACCCACCGGACCAAGGCAAAUUACACGCUCUUGCUGCUGCAGAUGUGCGACCCCAAGCUGCUGCUCACGGCUGCCAAUGUCAUCCGAGUCCUGUUUCUGAGACAGCAGAACAAUGUUGCAGGCCUCGAUCAAGACACUAGUGAUGUGUUUUUCUUUCCCGAGAAAGACUACAACGCGCAGUGUGAGACCUCAGAUGUUUUCUGGGCAGCUAGCACCAAGAACGCAUCCUUCCCUUUGUCCAGAGCUUCAGGAAAAGAAAAGUCGCUUGAAAACAUGGGAGUUGAGGCAUCUAAUAUUGAAGGACCAUGGAAGAGUUCGAUCCAGUGUAUUUCCGAGAUGAAUAGGCUGUUUUCCAGAAAAGCAGACCUGUCGAAGGCAGAAUACACCCCCUCCGACCUGUUGGUUGAUUUGGAUGUCGUCAAAGACCUGUCUUCCGGGGUUAGCAAAUUCCGGGACUUCAUCCAUUACCUGCCCAUCCACCUCUCCAAGUAUAUUCUAAGUAUGCUGGAUAAAAACAGCCUGAACAGGUGUGCCUCCGUGAGCCGGCACUGGGCCAUGCUGGUGCAGCAGGUGAAGAUGGAUCUGUCGAUGCAUACUUUCAUUCAGGGCCAUAUUACCUUCUUGCAGGGAUCCUACACAAAGGGAAUCGAUCCUCAUUAUGCCAACAGGCUUUUUAUCCCGGUUCCUAAAAUAACUGAUAACGGGAAGCGCAUGCGUGUGAAAAAUCAGAAAUUGAAACUGAGAACAAAGAAUGACUACAACCUGUGGGCCGCAUACCAGAACCAGGAAACUCAGCAGGUCCAGAUGGAGGAGAGAAAUGUCUUCUGUGGGACUUAUAAUAUCCGCAUUCUCUCUGACACGUGGGAUCGAAACAGAGUCAUUCACUAUUCUGGGGGAGAUUUGGUUGCAGUGUCAUCCAACCGGAAGAUCCAGCUUCUAGAUGUCAUACAAGUAAAGGAGUUACCCAUUGCGUUCCGAGGUCAUGCUGGGAGUGUCCGCGCCCUCUUCUUGUGUGAGGAGGAGAACUUUCUACUGAGCGGGAGUUAUGACCUGAGUAUCAGAUCCUGGGAUCUGAAAAGUGGGGCUUGUAUACGAAUCUUCAAUGGCCACCAGGGGACAGUCACUUGCAUGGAUUUAUAUAAGAACAGGCUCGUAUCUGGAGCAAGAGAUUGCCAGGUGAAAGAGUGGGAUGUAGAGACAGGGAAGUGUCUGAAGACAUUUAAACACAAAGACCCCAUCUUGGCCACCAGGAUCAAUGACACCUACAUCGUGAGCAGCUGUGAGCGGGGGUUAGUCAAAGUGUGGCACAUUGUCAUGGCCCAGUUGGUAAAGACUCUCAGUGGCCACGAGGGAGCCGUGAAGUGUCUGUGCUUUGACCAGUGGCAUCUCCUCUCAGGAAGUACUGAUGGCCUGGUCAUGGCCUGGAGCAUGGUGGGAAAGUAUGAGAGGUGCCUCAUGGCCUACAAGCAUCCAAAGGAGGUGCUCCACGUGGCUCUUGUCUUCCUCCGGGUCAUCAGUGCCUGUGCAGAUGGCAAGAUCCGCAUUUACAAUUUCCUCAAUGGGAACUGUCUGAAGGUGAUGAAAGCCAAUGGCAGAGGUGAUCCUGUGCUGUCCUUCUUUACUCAGGGCAACAGGAUGGUGAUCAACACGGAGAGCAACAUUCUCAUGUUCCAGUUUGAGAAUAUAAAGUGGCAGUACUCCCUGGACCAGGCCAAACAAAAGAAGAAGGAUGAAGAGGAGGACAGGGAAGAAAAUGGCCUCACAGAAAUCCCCUCCAGGUCUAGCAUUCAGGCUUUCAGCCUGAGGGACUCGAUGUCCAGUAAACAAACUGUGGCCCAGGAGUCCCUGUUAAGUAAACCAUACAGGUCCCGAGUUUUCCUGAGGGCCGCCAGGGUACCUACAGAAGUGUUAUUAGAGGGACCUCCAAGUCAAGGAAAGUCACAAUCACCCCGAAGAGAUGGCAAGAAGAGAGCAAAGGACGAGGAGAAAGUACCACCUGGAGACUUGAUCAAGCGCUCAAAGAAAAAGCGCUGGCAAGUCCCUAUGUCGGCCGACCAGUUCCUUCUGACGGUUAAUGCCCUGCAGCAAGCCCAUAAUUCAGGGGAGUUUGCCUAUCCCCGGAGGCCCCAAACCCAAGUCACUGAUGCCUGGGGACCUUCAAUUUCACACCCAAGGAAGGUCCUGAGUUUCAAAGGAAAAUCAAUCCAACAGGCAGUUGAUAGGUUGAGGUGGAGUAACCCUCCCAUUGAUGCGAAGCAAACCAGUAUUCCCUUGGAGAUCCAGAAACUGCAGCCCAACCUGAAGAACUCUUUGCACAGUCCCCGAGUCCAGUCCACCAUACCCCAGCCUGCGAUUAUCCGCCCCAGAUUCGCAGGCGCCCUCAAGGAUGAAGGCCAAGCGACCGGCUCCAUCGACGGGACAGUGCGCCCCUGCAGCCCGUUAACCAGCCUGCAGGUAAUUAAACCGAACCGCAUGCUGGCUCCACCCGUGGACAGGAGAACCAAGUCUGUCAAGAAAGAACGACCUUGCUUCUACACGACCCUUGAUCCCUUUAGAAUGAACACCAAGUUCAUGUUGUUGACCGUAAAGGAGGAGAAGGAGUAUGCGGAAGCCAAGAUGAAGGAGUUUCAGGCCAGGAAGCCCAGUGAAGUGGUCAAUCCAGAAAAAGCCAGCAGAGCUGCCUGGAUCAGGAAGAUCAAAGGCCUGCCUAUAGAUCAUUUCAUGAAGCAAGGAAAAACAGCAGCCCCGGAACUUGGGCAAAACGUGUUUAUCUGAA